AACUAGUUUGCAGUGAAUGUGAAUGAAAAUACCUAGUAUGUAAAUGUCCUUGUUUCUGAACUGAAGCGGAAGAUUGAAGCGAAAUCACGUGACCCAGGCGUCAAGAAAUCAGCUGGGACUCGGAGUUUCACUCAGGAAAUCCAGGUUUGGUGAUUCAUUCUGUGAAGAUCUCCAUCAUGUCUGGAUCAGGCGGGGUUGACCCAAAUAUGCUGGCACAGACUAUAAGUUCAAAUAUCCAGAGAAUAACAUUGCUAACUAAUGAAAUCCAGCAGAUGAUGAGACAUUUUGGAACAGCACAAGACACGACUAACCUGCGACAGACAUUACAAGAGAAACAGCAGAAGGUCAAUCAGCUUGCUAAAGUGACAGACAAAUACAUGAAAGAUUUCAGUGCUUUACCUGUGACCACAGAACAGCGGCAAAGAAAAAUCCAGCGAGAACGUCUCAUCACUGAAUUCUCCAACGCGCUAGCCGUUUUCCAGAAAGUUCAGCGGGAGGUAGCAAAGAAGGAGAAGGAGUUUGUGGCGCGUGUCCGAGCAAGCUCGAGAGUUUCAGUUGGUGAUAAAGAUGAUGGGUUUGGAGGAUUUUCAUCACCCUUUCAAAGUGAGGUUCAUGCUCAAACUCAGAGCUAUGAUGAAGCCAUCACAGAGGAAGAUCUGCAGCUCAUUCAGGAGAGAGAAUCAGCAAUCAGACAGCUGGAGUCGGACAUCACAGACAUUAAUGAAAUCUUCAGAGAUCUGGGCUUGAUGGUGCAUGAACAGGGAGACAUGAUCGACAGUAUAGAGGCCAAUGUUUCAAAUGCAGAGAUCAAUGUGCAGUCGGCCACACAACAACUGAACAGAGCAGCAAGUCACCAGACGUCAUUCCGCAAGAAGAUUUUCAUCCUGAUCGCUGUUCUGAUUGUGCUGGCUGUCAUUAUUGGUUUGAUUAUCUGGGCUUCUGUCAAAAAAUAAGCAUAUCAUCUGAUGUCCCACAGCAUUUGCACUGGCAUGUUUAUAAUGAGUUAUGGAGGUUUGUCACUAAGUGAAGCUGUCUUGAGUUGCUUUCUAAAUACAGUUAAGAUAUUGCCACUAACAGAAUAUAUAAUAUAAGUUAAGCUCUAUGGACGGCAUGUUUGGUGUGUGGUUCAUUACCACAGAAACUUAUUUUAACUCCACUUGUUAAAACAUGCAUUGGGAUAAACAUUCAACAGAGACUGUACAUAGAGCUUAACUUGUGUUUAAAAUAGUUUUAACAUUGUUACUGUUAACAGAUAAUCAUUCCAGCUUCAUGCAUCUUUCACCCAUCUGGUUUGUUAUAGAAGCUGCCAUUCCUGAUAGCACAAUAUGCUAAAUAUGAGAUUUCAUUGGUUGAAAAUGGCACGGAUGAAUGUGUUUAUCUCUGACAGUUAGUAUGAAGCUGCUGCUAUAAAGGUGAAUAAGUGCACUUCACUUUUAAACUGCUCUCAAACACUGUAUUUGAACAAAUAAAUAAACAAAUGAAAACACACUACCAGUCAAAACAUAAAUCUAUUCAUAAUAAAAAAAAUGAGUAAGUGUGGCAAAAAAUUUGACUGGUAGUGUAUUUUCAGGUUCAUUCAUUUUUUUAAAUAAGUGGGAUAAUGUGUGAAUCUCAAGCACAAUACAAAAACAGUGAAAAUUUUAUGGACUUUGAAAAUGUCUGUGGAGUUGAUUAUAUGACCCUACAAAGUCUCUCAUGUCCAGGAAAAUGUAAAGCUACUGCUGAUUGAUGCGUUUUGUGUUACUCAAUUCCUUUUAAUCUUGUUAGUUAUUAGCCAUGUGUUCAGUCUCACUGUGCCAAAAUCAUCUCUGUAAAAUUAUCCUGAAAUAGAUGCUACAGUUUCAACAACCAAGCAAUGUCAAUGAAAUGUUUGUCUAUGUGUAUGGUAUUGCUGUAUAUAAAUGUUAUAUGACCUGAAACGAGUACGGUUAAUCAUUAAAGGAACUAAAUCAGGUUUACCCAGUUGGCAGGAAAUAACCACUAGAUGGAGACAAUGUCAAAUGUGAAGUUGCAUUUUAAGCUCAGCUCAAAUGGCAGUCAGUUUACCUUUGACCUGUUAAGGGGCUGCCAAAUUAAUUUAUUUUGUAGGCAAUAAUUUAUCUUCUUUUUAUCAUUUGUUUUUGUUUUUUCCCCAUGAUUUAGUGCAGUUUUAAAUAAUAAAUUGUAAAUGUUGAAUCACCUGCUUGCUGCCACGUAUUGCUGUCUGCAUGUGACCACUACCAAGUGAAAAAUGAAAAGUUUUCCUCAAAAAUCAAGGCUCAGUUGGUUUACCCAUUGUAGAACUAGCAAAUACACCACCCAGAUGCAAAGAGUUAGUUUUAUCAACAAAUAAUUGCGUGGACUGUUUGUACUUAUAAGCAGAAACACUUUUCACUGAAAUAUCAGUCAUGUUCAGGUACGUACACUUGUUACAUUUUUCGCUAUAAUGUUAAAUGUGUGUUCUAAAUGUGGGUCUGCUGGCCUAAGAUGCUAUUUUGCAUUAAAACAAAGACUUUAGAUAUAUUGCUUAUGAAUUGGAGAAAGUGCAAUGCGCAAUAUGGCGGAUUAGUCCCGCCUUCUACAUAAAAUAGAUAAUUGGUAAAGUCAUCGCGUCACUGCAGUUGCCAUUAGAAAUUCCGGUUGCUAUAGAAACAGUGAGUGUUCUGGGCACUUAGUACUGCACAUGCGCAUUGCCUGUUUGAGCAUAAGAAACAAAAUUUGUGAGAAUUUUAUUGUCAGAUUUCAUUGGUGAUUUUAAAUAUGAAAUUUAAUUGUAAGCAUGGUGAAAAGCUUUGGUGAAUUUGAUGUUUCCCCAUUCAAAUAGAUAGGAGUUGUACUUGAAUGACUGAUAGCUCCCCGAGAGGUGUUUCAAAGAUA